AGUUUUAAAUUCGUGACAGACGCAAGCAAAAUUUCUUUGAAAAUGUCUCAAAACCUUACAAAUGCCGCAGAGCAAAGUGAAGCAUUGGAAACGCUUACUGUUGAAAAAUCGAAGCCGAAUAUGUUUAAGGGUAGCGUGUCAGACAACAACAUUAAGCAAAACAAAACCCGAAAUGCCAAAGCGUUCUGUAAGUCGGAUCAAACUUCAGAAUCCAAACUUGCCGAUCAACUUGAUGCUUUAGCAUUAACGGAAACCGGUAAAAUGUUCGUCAAAUCGGAGGACAAAAGAACUCCAGCUCCCCACAAAUCGUCACCGGCUCUGGGCGAUUCGAAGGCCGGUGGUUCAUCCACUACUUGGGAGACGUACAGCACUAGAAAGAACAGGAAGGAUUUUAAACGCAAAAAGCAUCCGAAAUCGAGCAAGAAGGGCGAUAACACGAACAUUCCAGUGGAGGGCACCGUGAAUAAGGACAAUCUGGAGGAGCCGAGCGAGGAGACUCUGCUGGAUGAUGAGACUUACCAAUACAAGUACUUCCCGAAGAACUCCAAGUCGGUGGUGUUUACCAAAGACGUGAUGGUCAUUUAUUUUAACGGGGAUGACGUCAUUUCCGAGCUGAAGGAACCGCUUAAGAAGGAGGUGGAGCAGCAGGUGAGAAACAAGGAGAUGAGGCAGACGCACCUUAUCAAAACACAAGAGAAGUACAAUCUGUGUUUGUUUUAAAUGGUGCCUAAGACAACACACUGUACGUGCAUUUGUAAGGCCAGUUUUAUUAUUAUACAUUAUAUCAUGUUGUCUUUUAUAUAUUUUAUACAGUGUUGUUUAAAUACAUGUUCAACAACGAAA